CACGGAUCUGUUUAGUGCUGAAACGGAAAGGGGGAGGGGGGAAAAAAAAAAAGAAGGGAAAAGUGCUGCACUGAAUGUGAGAUCAUGCAAAAGCUAGCGCUCUAUGCUUCUAUUUACCUGUUCAUGCUGAUUUCAGUUGAUCCGGUUGCUCUUGAUGACAGUAGUCAGCCCGCAGAGAACGCUGAAAAGGAUGGACUGUGCAAUGCUUGUACGUGGAGACAGAAUACAAAAUCUUCCAGAAUAGAAGCCAUAAAAAUUCAAAUCCUCAGCAAACUGCGUCUGGAACAAGCUCCUAACAUUAGCAGAGACGUUAUUAAACAACUUUUACCCAAGGCUCCUCCACUGCAGGAAUUGAUUGAUCAGUAUGAUGUGCAGAGAGAUGACAGUAGCGAUGGCUCUUUGGAAGAUGAUGACUAUCAUGCCACCACCGAAACGAUUAUCACAAUGCCUACAGAGUCUGAUUUUCUUGUACAAAUGGAGGGAAAACCAAAAUGUUGCUUCUUUAAGUUUAGCUCUAAAAUACAAUAUAACAAAGUAGUAAAGGCACAAUUGUGGAUAUACUUGAGGCAAGUCCAAAAACCUACAACGGUGUUUGUGCAGAUCCUGAGACUUAUUAAACCCAUGAAAGAUGGCACAAGAUAUACUGGAAUUCGAUCUUUGAAACUUGACAUGAACCCAGGCACCGGUAUUUGGCAGAGUAUUGAUGUGAAGACAGUGUUGCAAAACUGGCUCAAACAGCCUGAAUCCAAUUUAGGCAUCGAAAUAAAAGCUUUCGAUGAGAACGGACGGAAUCUUGCUGUAACUUUCCCAGGACCAGGGGAAGAUGGAUUGAACCCAUUUUUAGAGGUCAGAGUUACAGACACACCAAAACGGUCCCGCAGAGAUUUUGGUCUCGACUGUGACGAGCACUCAACAGAAUCCCGAUGUUGCCGCUACCCGCUGACAGUGGAUUUCGAAGCUUUCGGAUGGGAUUGGAUUAUUGCUCCUAAAAGAUACAAAGCGAAUUAUUGCUCCGGAGAAUGUGAAUUUGUGUUUUUACAAAAGUACCCGCACACCCACCUCGUGCACCAAGCCAACCCCAGGGGCUCGGCAGGCCCUUGCUGCACGCCCACCAAGAUGUCCCCCAUCAACAUGCUGUACUUCAACGGCAAAGAACAAAUCAUCUACGGCAAGAUACCAGCCAUGGUUGUAGAUCGCUGCGGGUGCUCGUGAGAUCCCCGUCUGAUCCACCGCUUCACAAAUCGUG